AUGAGGAAGCUUCUGAACGAUGCCGCCUCAAAGUGUCCGAAUGCGAAGCUGGUGGCUGGAGGAUAUAGUCAAGGAGCCGCUGUGGCCCAUCGAUCAAUCGAGAGUCUUUCGGACUCGACCAAGAACAGAAUCCUUGGCGUCAUCACUUAUGGCGAUACGCAGAACACCCAGGACAAGGGGCAGAUUCCCAAUUUUCCGAAAGAUAGGGUCAAGAUUAUUUGUAAUGAUGCCGACGAAGUCUGCAAAGGCACCUUGGAGGUUGAGCCCUCUCAUCUGGACUACGUGAAACGGGUCCCCGAAGCCGUCGACUUUCUCAUCGGGAAGAUUGGCAACAUUUAA